GCGGCUUUAAGCGCGCCCCGGCAGGCUGCCAAGGGGGGAGGGCUUUGUCCCGCCUGCCGUCGCCUCCCGCCGGCCGCCCGGGCAGGAAGAGCUGCUGCUUCCAGGCCCCUCUGGUUCAUCCUGCGUGGCCGUGGGCAGGCGCUGGCGGCAAUCUGAGGAAAACAAAAAAGAUGUGGCCGUUCUGGGGACUGGACCGAGCCCGCUGUGACCUGCUCUUCACUGAAGCCAUCAAUCAAAGGAUGCAGGUCCCCAGCAGGCUGAAGGUGGCAGACAGCUACAGCCCUGUGGACGAGGAGCCCGCAGCCGAGGAUCUUCCUCCUUCCUUUCGGAUGCACAUCCCUGAGAGGAUCUCUCUUGCAGAAAUAUCAGAUGCCGGUCUGAGGCCCAUCCUGCUGGAGCAGCAAAGGAAGGUCCCCUCUGUUGUGUGGCACGCGUCCGCAGACUCCUCAGCUCAGCCCGCCGCCCCAGGGGAGAUCCCUUUUCAGCACGUAGCUGGCAGACCGAGCUCCCAGAAGCGCAGACGACUGGGCCACAACAGCGGCAGGUCACGGCGGGAGAGGAUUCCGAGUGACUACACCCAGCUGGCCUUGCACAGCCCGGGCCAGCGCCACGAGCGGCCGGACGUGUGCCCCCUGCCCACUCGCAGCGCCCCGCUCCCCCUCCUCGCCGAGACGGGCAGAAUCUACUCCGUGCAGAACAUCUUCCAGACCAUGUACCUCCUGGGCCAGGUGCUCUUCCACCGUGUCCAGGGCUCCCCGCAAGACGCGACGCCAUCCAGCUCCCAGGAGGCUGGCCCAGCCCCGGAAAGCUCCCUGGAGGAGGUCGGCACGGCUGAGAUGGCAGCAAUGAGAAAGCAGCUGACGAGGAUCUCGGGGAGGCUGCGCGUGCUGGAGGAGCAGUGCAACGCCUGGCAGCAGAAGGAGGCCCUCAUCUACUCCGUGCUGAUCUCCGCCUGCCUCGUCAACACGUGGCUCUGGCUGAGGAGAUGACUUUCUGUGCCCCGGCCCACCGGGAGCAGGGGAGGAUCCUUGCUCACCUACUUGCAAACAGUAAAACCGUGUGUUUCUUCUGAACUUGACCUGCUUUUUGCACUGUAGGCCCUGGAGGACCCGUGUCCUUCGGGCCCUGAUGACAAGGUGCCACUCUUUAGCAUCAGCAGUGGGAGAAGUGAAACCCUGAGGCCGGACCUUGUGCCGCAGCAGCUGGAGAUGGGUGUCAGGGGGUGUUGGGGUGAGACAAGGAGUAUAGGAGUAGAUAGGAGGGAUGGACGUGGGGGAGCUGGGCACUCCCAUCCCUGCAGCCCCUGCUGUGCCAUCUCCUGGGCUCUCAGCACGCUGGAGGCCGCCCAGCAGCGGGUUUGCAAAUGUUCAGGUCCAAAGUGACUGUCAGCACUGCUGAGCUCUGGGCUUAUCCAGGAGCUUGGCCUUUUCCCAGAGAGACUGAAAUGGGAAACUCCCCACGGUGACUCUCUGGGUUAUAACACCUCGUAACAACAGCGCAAGCACAGCUGGGCCGUGGAAAAGUGCCCGUUCGGGCAGCAAGUAGGUGUUUGUUGGGUUGCUGGUGCCAGAGGGCAGGAUCACUCCCAGGUCUGCUGCCAAGCUGCAAUUUCUGCAAGGAUGCAACAAGACAGGUGAGGGGAAGUCUCGGCCCAGAUGCUCUUUAGCUAAAAACAAGCGCUGUUCAACAGCUCUGCUGCUUCUUGCUUUCCUUGGAGUCCAGGAACACCUGGCUUCGGGGGGAAUUUGAGACUCUCGGUGGUUCAUGCAGCACAUCUGCUGGAGCUGUGCCUGUGUGCUUGGGGCAGGUCUUGGCAACAGGGCCUCUCUGUGCCACCUAUAAAUGAUUGUAGCUGGAUCUGCAGGUCACCCGCAUGUCCCGAUAGCUUAUUUACAGACCUGGGUGCUUAGGUGUUUCCUGCCUGCAACUGCAUUAAGCAUCUGUGAGCAUAAAUCUGGCAGGUGGACGUUCACUACUAAAUAAGUGCCCCACAAGUAAUUGCAGGUCUGAACCUGUGGCUGAUGUCUGGGCUGAGGAGAGCGCUGGGAUUUACUGGUGCUGAGCUGGUUCCUGUGGCUUGCAGCUCAGGGAUGUGGUCCGACUGGAAGUAUUUGGAGGUGAUCAAACUGUGUGUGUUCCCGGAGGGUAAUUAUUGGUGGGCUGGAGGGGAUGGAAGAUGACUUCUGCAUAAGGUGUGUGUCUUGGUUUAAAUCUGGAACCACUAACCCAUAAAAUGCGUAUUUUAAUAAACUCUGUGUGCUGGA